AUGGCUAUGAGAGCAAGGCACAAGAUCCGUGCUCCACGAAGGUCGUUCGAUCUGCUGUUGCGAGCUGAUCCAACAGGCGGCAGCCGCUAUGCUGAAGGACCUCCCUUAAAAAGAGGAUUCACUAACCAUCGAAUGAAGGGUCUGAACGGAACGAAGUCCGAUGAUUUUGAUACAAUCUGGGGAGUCUUGUCCUCGUCUCUCAACGAGAUACAUACGAAAAAUGCCUCCGCUCUUUCCUUCGAAGAACUGUACCGGAACGCCUAUAAAAUCGUGUUGAUGACCCGCGGCGAUGACCUUUACGAACGAGUCAAAAAGCUGGAGGAGGAAUGGCUAGGCAAGGAAGUGAAGAAGACGGUCACAGCGGCUAUCUCGCCCACGUUAUUGCUGGCAAAAGAGCCCGCCGAUAUGCAAGAUCAAGCGAAUGAACGAAGGGAAGCCGGAGAAAGGUUCUUGGCGGUUCUAAAGGGAGCCUGGGAGGACCAUCAGCUUUGCAUGGGAAUGAUAACGGAUGUCCUUAUGUACAUGGACCGUAUCAUCAUGGCAGAUUUUCGGAAGCCGUCAAUAUACGUUGCAUCCAUGGCAUUGUUCCGCGACCAAGUAUUACGAUCUCCGAUCAGUUCGGACGCGAAAACGACGGUUGCCGAUGUGCUUGAGUCUACUGUGCUCUUCAUGAUUCAGUUAGAACGAGCCGGUCAUGUCAUAGACCGACCACUCAUCCGGCAUUGUAUCUAUAUGUUGGAGGGCCUAUACGAGACUAUCACAGAGGAGGAAACGUCCAAGUUGUAUCUCACCAUGUUCGAGCCGGCCUUCCUGGAAACGAGCAAAGCUUUCUACCAAGCGGAAGGACAGCGCUUGUUAGAGCUGGCUGAUGCAGCAUCUUUCUGUCGGAUUGCCUCUAGUCGUAUUGCAGAAGAAAAAGAACGGUGUCACUACACGCUAUCGCCUCUCACCGAGCAAAAAAUCAAGAAUGUCUUGGAUGAAGAAUUGAUCGCCAGGAACAUCGCAGAAGUCAUCAACCUUGAGGGCACGGGCGUCAAAAAUUUGAUUGACAACGACCGACUGGACAUUUUGCGAGAGAUCUACGAGCUUAGUGCGCGGGUUGAUAAUAAAAAGACGCCUCUGACCGCGGCCGUUCAGAAGCGCAUCAGUCAAAUGGGCCGAGAGGUCAAUACUUCGUCGACUGCUUACGAAAAGGCUCCCAGUGCAGGCGCAAAAGCGACAGGGAAAAGCGUUAGUGGCGAGAAGAAGCCUGCAGAGAAAGAGAGGCCUGUGAACCAGCAAACAGUGGCGGCUAUCAAAUGGGUCGACGACAUCUUGGAUUUGAAGAAGAAAUUCGAGAGCAUCUGGGAGAAAGCUUUCAUGUGUGAUCAAAGCAUGCAAAGUGCCAUUACUACCAGUUUCUCCGAUUUCAUCAACUCAAAUGCACGCAGUUCCGAAUUCCUCUCGCUCUUCUUCGAUGAGAAUCUGAAGAAAGGUAUCAAAGGCAAGACAGAAAGUGAAGUGGAUGCUUUGCUCGACAAUGGCAUCACUCUGCUGCGCUACAUCAAGGAUAAAGAUCUGUUCGAGACUUACUACAAGAAACACCUUUCUCGCCGUCUUUUGAUGAAGCGCUCAGCCAGUAUGGAUGCGGAGAGACAGAUGAUCUCGAAGAUGAAGAUGGAAGUUGGUAACCAAUUCACGCAACGACUGGAGGCCAUGUUCAAGGACAUGACAAUAUCUGAAGACCUGUCCGCAAGCUACAAAGAUCAUAUCCGGAAGACAGGGGAUCCCGAUCAGAAACGGGUUGACCUCGAAAUUAAUGUCCUUACCAGCACCAUGUGGCCCAUGGAGAUCAUGUCGAACCCCAGAGAUGGGGACGUUCAGCUUCCAUGUCUCUUCCCGAAAGAAGUCGAAGGUGUCAGACAGAGCUUUGAGCAAUUUUAUCUCAGCAAGCACAACGGCAGGAAGCUUUCAUGGCAACCAAACAUGGGUACAGCAGAUAUCCGAGCAACGUUUCAGCGGUCGAACGGCAAGGUUCAGAGACAUGAACUCAACGUUUCGACCUAUGCCAUGGUCAUUCUACUUCUCUUCAACGACGUGCCUACAGGCGAGUCUUUGACCUUCGAGGGAAUCCAGGAACGGACGCGCAUCCCCGAGCACGACUUAAUCCGCAACUUGCAAUCGUUGGCUGUCGCCCCCAAGACGCGAGUCCUGAAGAAGGAGCCGAUGAGCAAGGAUGUAAAGCCGACAGACAAGUUCUUCUUCAACAAUGACUUCCAAAGUCAAUUCAUGAAGGUCCGCAUUGGUGUAGUGAGCGGAGGCGCCAACAAAGUUGAGAACCAGGAUCAGCGAAAGGAAACGGAGGGUAAGAUGAACGAGGAGCGUGGAGCCAGUGUUGAAGCGGCAGUUGUUCGAAUCAUGAAGCAACGCAAGACGCUGGUUCAUUCCUCCCUCAUGAGCGAGGUGCUCAGUCAAUUGUCAUCUCGGUUCGUCCCGGACGUCAAUAUGGUCAAGAAACGAAUCGAGAGCUUGAUUGACCGUGAAUAUCUUGAACGAGUGGCCGAAGAGCCACCCACGUAUGGAUACAUCGCGUGA